CCAGGAAGGAAUCUGUGAGCCAGAGAGAAGGGCAGAGAGCCGGCAAGUCCCCUGGGGAAAGACAUUUCCUUCUAGAGUCUGGUGCCUGGGGUGAGAGGCGGGGGUUCACUGCUUCGUGAGAAUCCCCGGGCUCCCCAGUGGAGAAGAGAGACUGUGAGGCUCUGAGGCAGAAGCAAGAAAGUUCCAGAGCGGGGAGACAAGAGUUGGGGAGAAGCAUGGGGUCUGAGCGAGCCAGUGGAGUGGGGACUCCCUGGAGGCUGGAGAGACCUCCAGAAGAGGGGCUGCCCGCUGUCCAGAGCAGACAGUGGGCGAUGGCAUUGCGGGCACUAACGACAGUCCUGCUUUUCAGUCUAAUCCUCGGUUCUUCUCUGGUGCUUUGGGCCUACAUCCCAGGCUGUCGCCCUCGCCCCUGUGAGACACUUGUGUGCCGGAAUCUCCUGGAACAUUACCUGGCCUCUGAGAACCGAAAUGUGGCCCCCUGCACUGACUUCUUUAGCUUUGCCUGUGGAAACAACAACAGGACCAGGAAUUCUUUUCAGGAACUUGCAGAGGAGAACAAGAACCGGCUUCGGAGGAUACUGGAAGCCCCGGGUUCCUGGCACCUGGUCCCCGGGAAGGAGAAAGCCUUCCAAUUCUACAACUCCUGCAUGGACACAGGUGCCAUUGAGGCUGCAGGGGCUGGUCCCCUCAGACAAGUUAUUGAGGAGCUCGGAGGCUGGCCAGUCUCUGGUAAUUGGAUACCCUUAGACUUUAACCAAACUCUGAGCCUUCUGAUGAGUCAAUAUGGUCACUUCCCAUUCUUCAGAGCCUAUUUGCGACCUCUUCCCAUCCCUCCCCACACGCCGGUCAUCCAGAUAGACCAGCCAGAGUUUGAUGUUCCCCUCAAGCAAAAGCAGGAAAUGAAGAUCUAUGCGCAGAUCGUGCGGGAAUACCUGACUUACCUGAACCAACUGGGAACUUUGCUGGGAGGAGACCCAAGCCAGGUGCAACAACACGCCUCCAUGUCCAUCUCCAUCACCUCGCAGCUGUUACAGUUCCUGAGGCCCCAGGAGCAGCGGCGAGCACAGGGAAAGCUCUUCCAAGUGGUCACAAUCGGCCAACUGCAGGAAAUGGCCCCUGUCAUCGACUGGUUGUCCUGCUUGCAAGCAAUAUUCACACCGAUGUCCCUGAACUCCUCCCAUUUCAUUGCCGUCCAUGACCUGGAGUAUUUGGAAAACAUGUCGCGACUGAUUGAAAAGGAGCUGUCAAAACACAGGGAAUUUCUACAGAGCCACAUGAUCUUGGGUCUCGUGGGAACCCUCUCUCCAGCCCUGGACAGUAAAUUCCAAGAGGCACGCCGAUCACUGAGCCAGAAAUUGGGAGAGCUGACAGGAGGACCACCCGUGCCCACCCGGCCCCGCUGGAUGACGUGCAUGGAGGAGAUGGAGGCUUUAUUCGAGCCUACACUGGCAGCCUUGUUUGUCCAGGAGGUCUUCAGCCCGAGCACGCAGAGCGCUGCCAUGGAAUUAUUCACUGCAAUCAAGGAUGCCCUCAUUGCUCGCCUCCAAAGCCUUCCCUGGAUGGAUGAAGAGACCCAGAGAGAGGCCCAGGACAGGAUCACCAAACUUCAGGUGAAGAUGGGGGCCCCAGAAUGGGCCCUGAAGCCAGACCCAGCCACGCAGGAAUACGACGAUAUGCAACUAGGACCCAGCUUCCUACAAUCCUUCCUGAGCGGCAUCCGAUCCAGCCGAGCUAGAAUCACCCGGAGUUUCUUGCAGCCUUUCCCCAGCCACAGGUGGCACGUGUCCCCCUGGAGGGUCAAUGCUUACUAUUCAAUAUCUGACCAUGUGGUAGUCUUUCCAGCUGGACUCCUCCAACCCCCAUUCUUCCACCCUGACUACCCCAGAGCCGUGAACUACGGCGCUGCUGGCAGCAUCAUGGCCCAUGAGCUCUUGCACAUCUUCUACCAGCUGUUACUCCCUGGGGGCUGCCCGGCCUGUGACUCCCAUGCCCUACAGGAGGCGCUGCAGUGCCUGGAGCGCCACUAUGCUGGCUUUCCACUACCCAGUGGAAUCUCCUUCAAUGGCUCCUGCUCAUUCCUGGAGGAUGCCGCAGACACAGGGGGGCUGGCCAUUGCACUGCAGGCAUACAACCAGAGGCUGUUAUGGUACCAUGGGGAGACCACCCUACCCAACCAGGACCUGAGCCCCCAGCAGCUCUUCUUCCGAAGCUAUGCCCAGGUCAUGUGUAAGGACCCCAACUUCCAGGAUCCUCGAGAUACUCACAGCCCUGCUAUCCUCCGAACCCACGGGCCCGUGAGCAACAGCCCAGCCUUCGCCAGACACUUCCACUGCCCCCCUGGUGCUCCCAUGAACCCCUCCACCCGCUGCCAACUCUGGUAAGCUGGCCAGUUGCCAAAGAGCCCUCAGUAUGGACGUAUCAUUGUCUCCUUGACCUGUCCAUGAAAUCAGGAUGGACUUCUCUCCCAUUCUGCUCCCCAAAUAAAACCUGGUCCUUGGCUUC